UUUGUCUGUGUGCGUGUGUGUGAGAGAGCACGUUGCAUACCAAGUGAGAAAGUCGGUCACAAAAGAAGGCAUUGAAACAGUGAGUGCACGCGGUCGGUCACCUCCAUGUUUUUCCUUCAUGGCUCUGCAGACUGAUCUUUGAACCUGAUCUACCUCUAAAAGUCCUGCUCGAUCACUCAGAGCACAUCAGAAGAGACUGCUACUCCUGAAACAAGUUAACCAGGCUGGAAGAAACUGCACUACUCAAAUAUUUAUACUCUCACUGCCAUGGAUUUGAUUCUGGACUGCGGACAAACUCAGCGGGUAUCAUGAUUUUUGAGUGAAAUGCUUUCAGAGCAACAGAAGUAACAGAUUUAUUUACUGAAAGAGAAAAAAACACAAACUAAAAAACAGAUAUGUUUAACUUAAGAUGUCUAAUUGCGUGCGUUUUAGUUUUUAUUUCAACGUCUCAGAGUAUAAAUGUGGUUCAUCGGGAUGGACAGGCAUUCCUACAGAACAUUUUACACUAUUAUGGUGAAAAUGAUUCAAUCCCAACCGAGCAUCUGAGUGAUUUACUGCUGUUAAUCUCAAAAAGAAGAUCUGAGUCAGUAAAUGAAGGAAAUCCACUGCAAGACCAAGAGUGUCCUUCAGCAGAGCAGAUCUUGUCCCACUUUGGGUUCAGUAAUGUCAGUCAGCUGACUGUGGGACAUCUGGGGAGGAUCUGCCCCGCUGUGUUGACCCAGGUGCUGCUGCCCUCCUGCCCCUACACCGCCCCCAAGGCUCCGCUGCCUGCAGACUACACUGUGUGGGGUUAUGGAUUUUUGGCGGUCACUGUGAUCAACCUUGCGUCUCUGCUUGGCCUCUUCCUGAUCCCCUUCACCAAGAAGCCUUAUUUCCCCAAAGUGCUGACCUACUUCAUCGGCCUCGCCAUUGGGACGCUCUUCUCCAACGCUGUGCUUCAACUCAUCCCAGAGGCUCUGGGGUUUGAUCCCAAAACGGAUAACUAUGUUGCGAAUGCAGUUGGAAUAUUCGGAGGGUUUUAUAUUCUGUUCUUCAUGGAGAAGAUCCUGAAAAUGGCUCUCCGGCUGGAGAAUGGACAUGGCCACAGUCACUUCACUCCUGCAGAGGAGCCUCAAGAAAACUCUGUCCAGAAUGGCGACAUAGGGGAGAAAAAGGACUCCAUCGUUUUGACUGGCAUCAACGUCAUUGCCACAGACAAGAGCAGCCCGAAUCCAGAACCUCCACAGACAAAUGUGGCACCAUCUCAGGACGUCCAGACGUCCGGUGUGAUGUGCCACUGGCUGCGUGGACACCGUAUCUCCAGCAUCAGGACAGUGGCGUGGAUGAUAACACUGAGUGACGCGUUGCACAACUUCAUUGACGGUCUCGCUAUCGGCGCCUCAUUCACUGUGUCGGUACUGACGGGGUUCAGUACGUCCAUUGCCAUCGUGUGUGAGGAGUUUCCCCACGAGCUGGGUGACUUUGUUAUCCUGCUGAAUUCUGGUAUGAGCAUCCCACAAGCCAUUUUCUUCAACCUGCUGUCAGCGGUGUCGUGUUACUUCGGUCUUGUGUUUGGAAUCUUGCUCGGGAGCAACUUUGCCCCCAAUGCAAUCUUUGCCAUCGCAGGAGGAAUGUUCCUGUACAUUGCACUGGCAGACAUGUUUCCAGAGAUGAACAACAUAUUACGGGAACAGGAACGCACUUCCACCAAGAUCAUCUUCUUCCUGAUCCAGAACGCAGGGCUGCUGAGCGGCUUCACCGUCAUACUGCUGAUCACCAUGUUUGCAGGGAACAUCAACCUGGGCUAGAAGGGAGGGAGACAGGGGAAGAAGAAAAAAAAGGGCUGCUUCUGUUUCUGCUCACCCAGCUGGGCGGGAAAGUGAAUGUAAAGUGAAUGUUUUGUACGAACAAAACCAAAAUCUUCAAAGGAAAAAUUAUGCUUUUAUAUCUUGUGACUAUCAAACUAGUGGAACUCCAUAAAAAGGGAAAAUCUUUACAAUCAUUUGUUGUAUGAACUCUAGUCAAAUUGUGUUUUUGCGGGGACAAUAAAUUAUUUUUUCAGUCUUCA